AUGGCGGCAGCAGUGGCACCGGCUCGGACAGCUCGUGCUUUCAAGCCGGCCCCGGCUGCUCUGAGCUCGAUAUCGGACAAAGCCACUUCAGGUUGGAAGCGCGACCUUGCAGAGAAUGGCUACGUGGUAUUGAAAGGCGCCAUUCCCCUUGACCGCGCCCUCGGCUAUCGAGACAAGGCGUACGAGUGGCUACAGUCCUUUGGCACAAACUUGGACUUUGACGACCCUUCAACUUGGACUAAGAGCAAUCUACCAAUCCACAGCUGUAUCAACACAUUCUCAAGAUAUAGUGUUUGCCAUGAAAAGUUUGUCUGGGAUGCACGGCUCGAGCCCGGUGUCGUUGAUACGUUCGCUGAGAUCUGGGGCACCAACGAGCUGCUCGUCAGCUUCGACGCCCUCAACGUCACCUUUCCGAAUCGCAAGGAUGUAGUUCCACGUCCGCCAUGGGAGCAUGUUGACCAAAGCCCGCUGCGGCGGGGCUUGAACUGCAUACAGGGCAUCAUUAACCUGUCCCCGGCCGGCCCCAACGAUGGUGGUCUUGUGGUCUAUCCGGGUUCUCAUCGCCUUGUAGAGCACUUCUUUGACGUCGAAACUGAUAGCACCACCUGGAAGCCGGAUGAUAUAUAUGAAUUCUCACGAGAGGAGCUCUCGUGGUUUGAGAGCAAGGGAUUGAGCCCUGUCAAAGUAUGUGCCGAACCUGGCGACCUCAUCAUAUGGGAUAGCCGUACGAUACACUAUGGCUCGGUGCCAAGCCCAGAAAGCACCCAGAUACGGACAGUCAUCUAUGCGGCGUACGCGCCGGCGUCUCUGGCCUCAUCGGAGCAGCUUGCCCUCAAGAAGCAGGUUUUCGAAAAGUACGGCGGAACUACUCACUGGCCGCACGACAACAUCAAGAUCAGGGAGACCCGAGCACUAUUCGAGGAUGGAACCAGGGACCCUCGGGACCGAGAGACGCCCAGAGAGCUUCCCGAGAAGACUGAUAAGCUUUUGAAGCUGGCAGGCGCCCUCCCGUAUUGA